AUGAGCUUGUCUCCGCUGGUCUCACGCGCCUCCAUGGAUAUCCUGGACGAGCUGCAGCUCAUCGCUGCUCAGAACCUGGAAAGGUUAGAGGUCAACAAGUACUAUGAGGUCAUCAGGGAGCUGGGCAAGGGCACGUACGGGAAGGUGGACCUGGUGGUCCACAAGAUCAGAGGCACGAAGAUGGCCCUGAAGUUCCUGAAGAAGAAGAGCACCAAGCUGAAGUCGUUCCUGAGGGAGUACAGCAUCUCCCUCUACCUGUCCCCCUGCCCCUUCAUCAUCAACAUGUUCGGCAUCGCCUUCGAGACGGACGACUACUACGUGUUUGCCCAGGAGUACGCUCUGGCAGGGGACCUCUUCGACAUCAUCCCUCCACAGGUGGGUCUCCCGGAGGCGAUAGCGAAGAGGUGUGCCCACCAGGUGGCGCUGGCCCUGGACUACCUCCACAGCAAGAAGCUGGUCCACCGAGACAUCAAGCCGGAGAACAUCCUGAUCUUCGACCGGGAGUGUCGCAAGGUCCGGCUGUCUGACUUCGGCAUGACGCGCCGUGCGGGCUCUCCCGUCAAACGGGUGAGCGGCACCAUUCCCUACACGGCCCCGGAGCUGUGCGACGCGUCCCGCCACGAGGGCUUCAGCGUGGACUACAGCACGGACGUGUGGGCGUUCGGCGUGCUCCUCUUCUGCAUGCUCACCGGCAACUUCCCCUGGGAGAAGGCCCUGCCCUCCGACUCCUUCUACCAGGAGUUUGUCCGCUGGCAGCGGCGGCGGGCGGCGCCGUUCCCCUCCCAGUGGCGGCGCUUCACCGAGCAGGCGCUCAGGUUGUUCCGGAGGCUUCUGUCCGUGGAGCAGGAGCGCCGCUGCUCCGUCAAGGAGGUGUUCGGCCACUUCAGCCACACCUGGAUGCUGGACGGGGACGCGGCGGGAGGAGGAGGAGGAGGGAGCGGAGAGAGGGAGAGGGGGGGAGGAGGAGGAGGGGGGAGGGAGGAGGCCGAGGGGACCAGCUCGUCGUCCUCGUCGGGGGAGGAGGACGAGGAGGUGCUGGUGGAGAGGAUGAAGCAGCAGACUCUCUCGCCCCUGUCCCCCAUGUCGCCUCUCUCGCCCCUCUCGCCCAUGUCGGUGGAGCGAGGGUCCGCGGGGGUGAAGGGAGGCCUGAUGGAGCCCAGAGGAGGGCACCACUUUGUCUCCGUCUCCACCACCAGCUCCCUGUCGUCCACCAACAGCUACGAGCGCAUGCCCCGAGACAACAACUCGCCUGGCGGACGCAUUCUGGUGGCCACGCCCAUCGAGAUCUGUGUCUGAGAACCCCAGACCCACGCUGAUGUCCUUCUGUUGUCUUACACAUACACACACACACACAUACACACGUGAGCACACAUGGCACAUACACAUACAGUGCAUACACAGACACACAUACUGUCCACAUAUACAAACAUUUAUAUUUAUACAUGUGCGUUAAACUCCUUGAAUAAGCUUGACACCAGAGUGGAAAUGGACUUUGAAUGAAUAUGCAGAAAUAUGUAUGAAUCUCUCCUGCAGAAAACAGACAAACCCCCUUAGAAGGAUAUGAUAAUGUUGGCCAUGGCAACAGACACACAUUCCUUACAAGGGUUGGAAAGUCUUAAAAUGUUUUCAAACUAUUCUGGGGAGAAGGACAUACACAUUUUACAACAACGACCUUUAACCUUUCAGUCAAGAAACACAAGACACUGAGACACAGGUACGUGGAUCGUCUGAGAAGACCAAAAUGUAUUUCUUAAAGCAAUAUUUUCAGCAAAAAAGACUGAAACUAAAGAAGACAUGAGCAAAAAAAAAGGGGGUUGUACAGGAUGGUAGAAUCAGGUAUCGCUUCAGACAAAGCUAAGGAAAGGAGAUUUGUAUUUUUGAAACCGACUUCAAUACAGCUCACAGAAAUACCUUGUAAAAUGUUCCUAAAGAAGCCUGUUGAGCGAACUACAGUUUUGAUGUUAAACGUACUGCAAUGUGAAAGUGUGAGUGUGUGUUUGUAUGUGUGUGUAUCAUUGUGUGCUGUGUGAGUAUGAAUCAGUAAUUGGAAUCUAUUUCCUUUACUUUUCUGCCUUCAAAGUUCCUUUAUUUAUUUGAAUUCUAAAUAUUCAAAUUAUAUUUUUUGUAUCAUUUUUGUAACGUAAAGUAUCUUUGGGCAUUUUCAAUUUGAAUUAGAAUUAAAGCUUUUGUGUUUGUGACAAAUUCACUUAAGGUGAAAUUCUGUACAUAUCUAAAUUGAAUCGUUCCAGGCCAACAAAGGGUUAAAAGCCUUGCUACAUCGAUUCGAUCAAAUACAUUGAUAAAUGUAUUUAAUAGAUAGCAGUAGUUUGUAAAUGGCCACAAACCAAGAUGUCCCUCGUGUUCAAAGAUCUCUUGUUUUUGCCCAGCUCCUUAACAUACAAACAUAUCUACUUCACAGUCAAAAAUAUAUUUUGUACGCAUUUCCUUAAAUUAUUAUUUUCCGGUUAUUGUCUAUUUGAAAUCUAUUAAGCCUAAGGAAAGUAUAUUGUGAUACAUUUGUGUUAUGAGUUAAAUCAAGAAAAAUACUGUGAAAAAGUACACAGUCACAUUUUGAAAUUGCAUGGAGUUGAAAAAAAAAAAUGAAAAAAAAAAAAGACAAACCUUAAUCUGAAAUUUGAACUGGCUUUACAAAACAAAAUGUCAAAUGUUGUGAUGUGGAGUUUUGCUGUAGCACAAUUUCUAGCAUUAUUGUCCUAGAGUGAAUAAUGUUGUACUAAUGAUCUCUUGAGACAAAUUAGGGCUAAAAAUCUGAAAGAACAAUAAUUGUUAGUUUCUUAAAUCAAUGUAUUGUAUUUGUAAACUGUUGUUUCCAUUUCACCUCAAAAAAAAAAAAGAAGAGAGAGAGGUAGAGAGAUUUACACCAAGCAUGGAUGUCCUAUUGGGUGAAAUUGUUUUGAACUUCUGGUAUAAAAUAUUAUUAGAAUUCUUAAAUGAUUUGUUUGUUUGAAAUGAACAGGUUUCAAAAGCAAUGCAGAAAUCUAGAUAUUCUGCAUCAUUGCCAAGCUAAACAAGGAAAACUCAAAUUAAAAUGAACUCAAGCAUUGUAACAAAAACAGAAAAAUGCAUUGGAACGGUGGAACAGCCAUUUCGUAUGUGUGUGUGUUUCCAGACAUAAUUGCAUGAAUCUGUAUGUACUGGAAAGCUAUUUGUAGAAAAAGAAACAGUGAUUUUGUUGGCUGUUGUUUUGCUGUCACAAGCUGUGGUAGUACAAAAUAAAUCUGCCCCAAAGUCCCAUCUAGUAGUACUAUACUGCAACUUCAGCUCAUCUUUAGACUAAGACAUACUUUUAAUCAAACAUAUUUGCUUUGAGUUCAUUUGUGCUGGAGGCACACAUUGCAGUUAAGGUCAGAUAUAGGAUCAGGCUUCAGCUUCUUCCCCAAACCAGUGGUGUAGUCUAGUAUGAAUUAGUAACCUUAACCCAUACUAUCAAUUUACCAAGCCCAAACUCUUUGCCCUGCCAUCCUCAAACCAUGAUCACGACUCAUUUUAUAGUGGACUAACAAAGUGAGAAUACACCACUGGCCCAAACCUUAACUGUGUGGAAGAAGAAUCAGCCAGAGCCCAGAUCUGUGUUGUCUAAUUACUACAUCUUGUGACAAUCCCUGACCUCACCCUGCCCGGCCCUGACUCAGUCAACAAUGACUAGUAAUGAUACAGAAACAGAGGCUGUUCUGUAAGGCCUGAGGUUGUUGUUUGACAUCUAGAAGUAACCAAGCUUGUCAAAAACAGGCUGUGCAGGCUUUUGGUUCAGUUGAGCACAAACAUUUAUAUGUACCUGUUCCUGUUUUUCCUUGACGCUGAAAAACCGAAGAUGUUAAUUUGUUGUUAAGCAGGCUCUUGGUAAACUUCCACUGUUUACAACCGUUUUGUGAGAGUUGUCGGUUGAAUAAAGGAACGUGCUUGUCUGAACCAGAAGCCUGUAUUCGGCAGCCUGGAUCUCUCCCGGUCUCUGACGGGGAUAAACGCUGAGGUCUUCAUUUUCUCACCAUGUGAACGUGCCGCCAGUCGUGAACAUGUAGCUCUUUGUCUUUCUGUCUAGUGGUAUGUAUUUGUUGAAGCCCUAUCAUUUUUAGUGGAGUUUUAGUGAAUAGACGAACCCAGCGCUAGAACACGUGUCCGAUCCCUUUGUCUUUGCAAUACAAGUUGUCUUCCUGUAAAUUCCGAUUUAGUCGACGAUUAAAAUGAGAAUUAUCGUUGGAA